GGUAGAGAUGAGGACCUCACGCCAUCUAUUGUGAGACGGCCAGCAGUAUAUUUGUUUCUCUGUUUUUUCCAAUUUCAGCCAUUUUUGUUCCCCGCUUACCAGCAGACUGUAGCAGAGUAGAGCAUAGAGAAAAGAGAGGGUGAGGAGAGCGCAAGCGAAGUUGAUGGAAAAGCACAGCGCAAUUUCUUAAUUUGCAAGCGCAGUCAUGGAAUGGUAGAUUUGAUGUUUGGAAGGAGCACAUUUUCUAGGGGAGUGCAGUUCAAAUAUUUGUGGUUUCAAGUCCUGGCCUUCUCACCAUGGGCAAAUCACCAGGAAAAUGGAUUAAGACUGUCCUUUUUGGAAAGAAAGCAUCCAAGUCUACUUUCUCAAAAGGAAGAGAGAGAUCUGCAAAUAAAGAAGAGGCAUGGGUGUCUGCAAAAGCACCCGAAACGGAUGCAUCUUUGGAUCCUCUUGUUACUGCAUGCCCAGUACCUGAUGCCAUCAGUGGGAAUGAAGGGAAGUUAAAAUUAGAGAACGGGGUUGCUGCAAAUUUAUCACAUGAUGGGGGAAUAGUAUUACCUGGAAAUCAAGAUGUAGAUAUGCAACAAAUCUUACAGCUAGAUGAACCAAUUGACCCUGAGAAAAUUAGGCAAGAGCAAGCUGCUACAAAGGCUCAAGCUGCCUUUAGGGGUUAUCUGGCUCGCAGGGCAUUUUGGGCUCUCAAAGGCAUCAUAAGGCUGCAGGCCCUUGUUCGUGGGCGCUUGGUGAGGAGACAAGCUGUUUCUACUUUAUACUGUGUCUUUGGAAUUGUCAAGUUGCAGGCAGUUGUCCGUGGGAGAAAGGUCAGGCAUUCUGAGACUGGUGCUGAAGUUCGAAAAUAUGUUUUAAUGAACACCCCGGAUGAUGUGCUUGGGGAUCACUCUGGAGUUAGUAAGUCAACCUGCACAGCAAAUGCUUUCGUCAAGAAGCUUCUUUCUUCCUCCCCCAUUGUGAUGCCUCUGCACCUCAAUUAUGAAUCUGGGGAUCCAAAUUCAGUCUUGAGCUGGAUAGAGCGUUGGUCAUUGUCCCACGUUUGGAAACCAAUUCCACGGCCGAAGAAAACUAUGAACUCAAAAUCCCAGAGAAAGCAGGGUGGUUCUCAAUUGGUAGAUGCUGAAACAGGUAGGCCAAAGCGCAGUGUCCGGAGGAUUGUUGCUAUGAAUGUUGACAAUAUAUCAGAACAAUCGGUUUCUGAAAUUGAGAAGCCCAGACACAACCUUCAGAGAGCUUCAAGCCACCAUGCCGCAGAUUCAAUGCAAGAAAAUCCACUAAAUGAACUUGAGAAGGUUAAACGCAAUCUGAGAAAGGUUCAUAAUCCUGUAACUGAGGGUCCUGUUCAUCCAUAUGUUGAAAUUGAGAAACCUAGACUCAGUUUGGGGAAGGGAUCAACCCCUUUUAGCAAGGAUGCAUUGGAGCAUAGCAUGAGUGAUUCUGCUCAAAAUAUGAACGAGAUAACUGAGACCCAGUCCAUACUCCCAGAUGUAGAAACAAGUCCAGGAGCAUUGGUAGUGAAUGUUGCAAUUGAUUUGUUGCAUGAUGAUCAAGCAGUAACCCCGUUACAACCUCUAGACAGUGGUCGGAAAGAUGAGAAAGAUGAGAACAUUUCUGUGGCAAAUGGGGGGUUGGAUACCAAGGAAUCAACUAGCAAAGAGAACCAGAAAUCCAGCAAAAAAGUAUCAAGGCAGGAACUUGGAGAAAAUGGGUUGCAGAGCAGUCCGACAUUGCCAAGUUAUAUGGCAGCAACUGAAUCUGCAAAAGCAAAGCUCAGGGGACAAGGGUCUCCAAGGUUGGGUGCAGAUGGGACUGAGAAGAAUACCACUAGGCGUCAUUCUCUACCAUCUACUACCAAUGGCAAAGUGAGCUCACUGUCACCAAGGACACGCAAAUUGGUUCAAGCAAGUGGGAAAGGAGGAAACAGAAGUGAAAGAUUUCCAUUGUCAUCGAGAGACAGUAAUGGGAAGGCAAUUCAGGCUGAGUGGAGAAGGUGAUUUUUUUUUAUAAAUAUUUGGUUUCGGUAAUUUACAGAAGGAGGAUGCAGUUUAUCUGUAGUUUUCUUUUCUUUUUCUCCUGGCUAUUGGUGUAUAACUAGGAGGCCAAUUGUAAAACCUGAAAGUUGGUCUAAUAAUUGGAAAGGUAUGAAUGUGUGUCAUCUGCUAGGACUCUACCUGGUUUUCUUAGAGCA